AUGUCUUCAGAUAACCAGUGGUCAGCGGAUGAGGAUGAAAGCCAAUUGUCCCGACUCAUGAGGAAAUCUAGAGAAUCCCCCUUUGUCCCUAUAGGGAUAGCAGGCUUUGUGACUGUGGUGUCCUAUGGUCUUUACAAGUUAAAGUUCAGAAGACAUCAGAAAAUGUCCAUUCAUCUUAUUCACAUGAGAGUUGCUGCACAAGGAUUUGUUGUAGGAGCUGUGAGUCUAGGUGUUCUCUAUUCGAUGUACAAGGAUUACAUUAGACCUCGAUUCUUCAAAGUGACCAAAAAAUGA